AUGGCGACGAGUCCGAAUGGAAUAAGUAAAUCAAAAGUGGCCUUUUUAGGACCAAGUGGAACACAUACCCACCAAGCGGCAAACAACUACUUUGGCGAUAGUGUAUCAUAUGAUCCUCAACCAUCUAUUGCUAAGUCCUUUGACGCGUUAUCAUCCGAGAUCCCUUUCGCCUGCCUUCCCAUCGCCAACUCGACGCAUGGUCAGGUAAUAGAAACACUCGACCUUUUAAGGUCCGGGCGAUGGUCGAAAGACGUCCACAUUAUUGGAGAAAUUGUGAUGAAGAUCGAGCAUUGUCUCGUCAUUCGUGAUUUACCGACGAAUGAUAAAGACGAGGGGGUGCUUCAGCGCAUCAAGACAGUAUGGAGUCAUGAGCAAGCUCUCGGACAAUGUUCGUCCUGGCUUACCCGCCAUCUUCCAAACGCCGCGAAGAUCAAGACACCCAGCACGUCUGGUGCUGCAAAGCAGCUAUUAGAACUCGACUCAGACCACACAUGUGCCGCCAUCUGCCCCCGAAUAUGCACGUCAAUCUAUUCUGGCCUUAGGAUUCUGGCACCGAGCAUCCAGGACAGGGAUGACAACCAAACUCGAUUCCUUAUCCUUGGUCACCGCCAUCAUCCUGCGCUUCCAACUAUCCCAGCGCCGACAAAAGCGCUAAUCCGAUUCAGCAUUGCAGGAGAAAUCUCUUCCCUUCUCUCAUCCAUUACGAGCGCCGCAUGGUCGAGCAAGCUAAAGAUCCUACGGAUAGACCGCCGACCAAAUCCUUCUUCCUCGCCAUGGACAGACAUUUACUUUGUCGAACUCACUCACUUUUCUCCGUCGCCAAAUCUCCAAAACGAGGUGUCGACCCUCAUCACAACACUCGGCACGGGUACAGAGGCUGUAAUUCUUGGUGUAUGGUGA